AUGCGGAAAGAGCGAGGGCAGAUCCGAGCCGCCCGGGACUUGUUCUUUGUCUACCUGAGCGAUAAUGCCGUAGGCAAGUCGAGGGCCUACAGCGACGCGACCAUCCAGUACCUAGACCUCCACAUUGACAUGGCGUACCGAGACGGCCGGGCCGACGAAGCGGCCGAGCUGAUGCUUCAGAGGCCUAUGCAUGUGGAUGAAGUAGAGUCUUUGAAGGAAGAUAUCACGGCGGGCACCGUCGCUGUCCCCGACGAGCGUGCCGUGGACGAGGCCAUUGCAGGGCUGAAGAACAUGAGCUUGUUGGAAAGAACCUGA